GAUUAUCUAUACUACUUAAGAAAAAGCCUUUAGUUUGAGAUGGAGACUACAAGGCCCCCAACAUCAAGCGAUAAGGACGGUUUCGAGGAGCUUCGCGAGGCGGAGAUGGCGGUCUCUGCCACUCCCGAAGACCAUCCUGACCGGCCAGAGCGGCUAAACUACCUUGCAGCCUUGCUGGCCGACCGACACAAGCGGACAGGGAGUCUCGAUGAUUUGGAAGCGGCCAUUUGGAAUGUAGAGAUGGCGGUCUAUGCCACUCCCGAAGAUCAUCCUGACUGGCCAGGGAGAAUAAGUAACCUCGGGAGCAUGCUGUCUUAUAGAUACGCGUGGACAGGAAAUGCAGACGACCUCAACGCAGCUAUCGCGAAGUCUGAAGAAGCCCUAGCUGCAACACCCGUCAACCACUCCAACCGAGCGAUGUAUCUAAACAACCUCGGGAUCAUGCUGUCUGAUAGAUACAUAAGGACAAGAAAUGCAGACGACCUCAACGCAGCUAUCGCGAAGUCUGAAGAAGCCCUAGCUGCAACACCCGCCAACCACUCCAACCGAGCGAUAUAUCUAAAUAAUCUUGGGAAGAUACUGUCCUAUAGAUACGCGUGGACAGGAAAUGCAGACGACCUCAACGCAGCUAUCGCGAAGUCUGAAGAAGUCCUAGCUGCAACACCCGUCAACCACUCCAACCGAGCGAUGUAUCUAAACAACCUCGGGAUCAUGCUGUCUGAUAGAUACAUAAGGACAAGAAAUGCAGACGACCUCAACGCAGCUAUCGCGAAGUCUGAAGAAGCCCUGGCUACAACGCCCCUUAACCACUCCGACCGAGUAGGACGUCUAAACAACCUUAGCACCAAGCUAUUCGAUAGAUAUAGGAGGACGGGAAAUGUAGACGACCUUAAUACAGCUAUCUCAAGGACUAAAGAAGCUGUGGCUGCAACGCCCCUUAACCACUCCAACCGAGCAGCAUAUCUAAGCAAUCUUGGAAGUUUUUUUUCUGAGAGGUACACGAGGACGGGAAAUAUAUACGAUCUCGAUGCAGCUAUCUCAAAGGCUAAAGAAUCCGUGGCUGCAACGCCCCUCAACCACUCCAAUCGAGCAGCAUGUCUAAACAACCUCGGGAUCAUGCUGUCUGAUAGAUACACAAGGACAGGAAAUGCAGACGACCUCAACGCAGCUAUCGCGAAGUCUGAAGAAGCCCUGGCUACAACUCCCCUUAACCAUUCCAACCGAGCGAUGUAUCUAAACAACCUCGGGAUCAUGCUAUCUAAUAGAUACACGAGGACGGGAAAUACAGACGACCUCAAUGCAGCCACCUUAAAGGCUAAAGAAGCCGUAGCUAUAACACCCGUUAACCACUCCAACCAAACGAUGUAUCUAAAUAAUCUUGGGAAGAUACUGUCCUAUAGAUACACAAGGACAGGAAAUGCAGACGAGCUUAAUGCAGCUAUCUUAAAGACUGAAGAAGCCCUAGCUGCAACACCUCUCAACCAUUCCAACCGAGCGAUAUAUCUAAAUAAUCUUGGGAAGAUGCUUUCUGAUAGAUACAGGAGAACGGGAAAUGCAGAUGAUCUUGAUGCAGCUAUCUUAAAAGCUAAAGAAUCUAUAGCUACAACACCCCUCAACCACUCUGACCGAGCAAUGAAUCUAAAUAAUUUCGGGAUUAUGCUGUCCAAUAGAUACACGAGCACGGGAAAUGCAGAUGAUCUUGAUGCAGCCAUCUUAAAGGCCAAAGAAACCGUGGCUGCAACACCUCUCAACCACUCCGACCGAGCGAUGUAUCUAAACAACCUUGGGGGUUUUCUUUAUAAUAGAUACAUGAGUUCGGGAAAUACAACGGAUGGACGUGCGGCACUAAACUUCUGGAUACAAUCAAGUAAAUGUUCAGCAUCACCCCCUUUGCAACGUAUCCAAGGCGCACGACAAGCUCUCCGCAUUCUCACAAGGAGCAGCGACUGGGACCAAGCCCACACUGUUGCAGAGACUGCUCUCAACCUUCUUCCUCGCGCUUGCAAUCGCUUCUUGUCCCGUGGCGACCAGCAGUACGCUGUCCGUCAGACCGCAGGUCUUGCUGCAGAUGCAUGCUCGGUGUCCCUCCGGAAAGGGGACGUUGGUGAAGCGCUUCGCAGGAUCGAGUUCGGACGCGGACUGAUUCUCGGAUACCUAAUCGACGGUCAGAGCGAUCUCUCUGGGCUAGAGAGGACUCGCCCAAACCUAGCUAAGGAAUACGAACAGCUUCGCUUCAUGGCAUUUAGACAGGUCAACAGCGAAAAGCCAGCAAUCCGAGAGCAACUGGCUAGAGAACGCCAAGAAGCCUAUCGCCAGUUGGAGGACUGCGAACGCCGCAUCCGCCAGGAACAGGGAUUUGAGCACUUUCUCCAGCCACCGUCUACAGAAGAGCUCACAGCAUGCGCCAGCGAGGGCCCGAUCGUGAUUGUGAACGCCACAGAUAUCGGCUCGGAUGCGAUCCUUGUCCUGCUAUCUGGCCCUAAAGCUAUAGCUCUGACUGAGCUUGUCUCACAGGCUCCAGUGGCUUUCCAGAAGGCUCUCGGAAGGAGUAGAUCGAUCGAUGAUAAGGAUUCCCAGCGAGACAUCGAAAGCGACAUCCGGUUAGAGCAUAGCACCGAGUUUCUGUCCUGGCUCUGGUCGAGCUGCGUCAAACCUGUGCUGCAGGAGCUGGCAUGCUACAGCCCAUCGCCUGCGUCAGACAAAAUUCAGCGAGUCUGGUGGAUCGGGACAGGCGCCGCCAGCUCUCUUCCGUUUCACGCUGCUUGCCAGUAUCACUACGGUCGCAUAGCUGAAGCCGAAAGCUGCUUCGACCAGAUAAUCCCCUCCUACACUCCCACAAUCAAGGCUCUGAGUAAUGCCAGAAAACGUCCGCUAACAGUAGAGAAGUUGAACAGCAAAGACACUUCUAUCCUCAUUGUUACGAUGCCAACUACACCAGGUCAGAGCGCGCUAGACGGAGUGGCUCGCGAGGAAAAGACCAUCACGGAGGCAACCAAGCAUGCAUAUACCAUCAGACCUCCUCUACAGCAUCCCACUGCCGACGAGGUGUUGAGAGGUAUUCGUGAAUCUGAAAUUGCGCACUUUGCGUGCCACGGAUACUCAGAUCUCGAGGACCCUUCUAACAGUCACCUGCUCCUUCAAAAAAGCAGUGCCUCGGGCCCAGUAGUGGACCGACUUACCGUGUCCACUCUGUUGGGCGCAACCGCGCAAGGCCGAGCGUGGAUAGCCUAUCUAUCGGCCUGCUCAACGGCGGAGAUCAGGGUCAAGUCGCUCGUGGACGAGAGCAUCCACAUGGCCAGUGCCUUCCAGGUUGCUGGCUUUGCGCAUGUUAUUGGCUCUCUGUGGCCAGCGGAUGACGACGUCUGUGUCCGUAUGGCCGAGCUCUUCUACAAGUCUCUUGUAACGUGCAAGAGCACUGCGGAUCCGAACUGGGCAGUCGCAGCGGCACUGCGGGAGGCCGUGCUACAGAUCCGCAAGGAGCACACUAAUAGGCCUGGUGUUUGGGCGCUCUAUGUUCAUUUGGGAGCCUGAUUAUUUUUUAUCUUAUAGCUGUAAAAUGUAAUUAUUGAGCGAGCAGAGGCAGAAGAUC